AUGUGCGGCGCGUGCCGCGCGCGGCGCGCGAGCGCGAGAGAGACGACGACGCGCGCGGAAUUCUGCGCGCCGUGUCGCGACGGCGCGAGAGCGACGACGACGCGCGCGACGCGCGUCGCGGACGGGGCGUCGUUCGACGUCGUCGUGUGCGGCGCGGGCGCGGCGGGGACGUCGUUCGCGCGGACGUACCUGGAGACGACGGCGCGGGGUGGCGACGGCGACGGCGACGGCGACGGCGACGGCGACGGCGCGCGCGGCGCGAGGCUGCUGCUGCUCGAUCGCGGCGGAUGCGCGAAGACGGUCGAGCGCGUGGAGCGCGUGACGCGGCGGGCGUCGGUGUACGGCGCGCGGGAGGACGCGCUGGGGGCGCUGGAGGCGCUGGGGGCGCGGACGGCGACGGCGAGCGUCGCGGCGUGCGACGCCGAGUCGAAGACGUUGACGCUGGACGACGGCGCGCGCGUGCGGUACGGCGCGCUGUGCGUCGCCACGGGGGCGACGCCGCGAUGUCCACUGCCGGAGGCGAGCGAUGGAGCGGUCGACGCGCACGAGGUGCGAGACGUGGAGAGCGCGGACGCGCUGGCGAGACGGUUGAGCUCGAUGACGGCGACGGCGAGCGCGGAUUCGGAUUCAAAGACGAAACGGAUCGCGAUCGCGGGGAACGGAGGGAUCGCGCUCGAGCUCGUCGACGCGCUAUGUGUGCGAGGUUUGCGCGCGCGAGGGUUGGAGGCGUGUGAAUUGGUGUGGUUGGUGAAACACGGCGAAGUCGGCGACGCCUUUUUCGACGUCGACGCCGCGGAUUUCUUGCUGCGCGCGCUCGACGCGAGACGGCGAGACGGCGAGGCGAAAGACGACGACGGCGCGGACGUGGACUGGGACUCACCGACGCCCGAACGCGGUGCCGGACGAUCGACGAAGAAGCGCGCGCGAGGGCGCGAAUCAGGCGCCGCCGCCGGUCCGGAUUGGCUCGACAGAUUUAGAGCGAAGAGCGCGGCGGACGACGCGCGCGCGCCUCUCAGCCGCAUGAAGCUUCGCGUGCUGAAAAAUGUGUGCAUACGCGAAGCGCGUAAAGACGCAAACACCGGCGUCAACGUAUUGACGCUGAGCGAUGGGACGACGAUCGAGGUGGACGCCGUCGUCGCCGCCGCGGGCGUCGAGCCGAGAUGCGAUUGGCUCGACGAAGUCGCCGCGCCGAGGUCGAAAUCAGACGGCGGUAUACUCGUCGAUGCGUGCAUGCGCACCGUAGGACCGUACGGCGACUCAAUAUUUGCCGUCGGCGACGCGUGCACGAUGUCGGCGCGCGCGUCGAACCCAGAGACGCCGUGGUUUCAAAUGCGACUGUGGAGCCAGGCGGCGCAAACAGGCGCCUUCGCCGCGAAAGUCGCCGCGGGCGUCUGCGACGCCGACGCCCUCGGAUUCAAUUUCGAAAUCUUUACCCACGUCACCAGGUUUUUCGGUCUCAAAGUCAUCUUGCUCGGGCUGUACAACGCCCAGAAGCUCGACGACGUCCCGGCGAACGAGGUGACGACGUACCAGCGCGAGUCGCUCGCCGACGCGACGUACGUGCGCGUGCUCCUCGUCCGCGGUCGCAUGAUGGGCGCCGUGCUCGUCGGCGACACCGAUCUCGAGGAAACUUUCGAAAACCUAAUCUUAGACGGCGUCGAUCUAUCGCGUUUCGGUCCGAGUUUACUCGAUCCCGAGCUCGACUUGGAGGAUUAUUUCGACUGA